UCCAGUCUGCUCUCAGUCCGCACUCGGUCGGGCGAGCUGGCUCUUCUCUGAAAAAAAAAAAGAAGAGAGAAACUCCCCUCCCCUCACAACAAACCAAUAACUGUCACACAGAGUCGACGCGAAAUGUUGAACGCGAAAUGCUCCCGUUUAGUUUGAGAGGACAGCUCACAACUACGAGGAAGAAGCUGCUGGAAAAAAAAAAAAGUGGGCGAACUGUGACAGCUGGAGAAAUUAAAAGGUGGGAUUGAGGGACCGCACGUGGGAUAAAAAAAAGAGUCUCCUUUAAACACGUCGUCAAGACUGAAUCUCUCCACCUAAACCAUUCGCCAGCUGUUUGCUCCUGUCUGCUUCAGAGAUGAGCGCCAAGUCAGUCAUCAACAAGGAGGUCUUCACGCCCCACGAUGAGAAGAUGCUCGCUGCCGUGCAGGUGAAGCGGAGGACGAAGAAAAAGAUCCCUUUCCUGGCCACCGGUGGUCAAGGAGAUUACAUGACGUUCAUCUGCCUCUCAGUCACAAAUAAGAAACCAUGCCACGUAUCCAUCACUAAGGUCAAGCAGUUCCAGGGAUCUUCUGCUUUUGCAAAAAGGUCACAGUGGACAAUCGACCAGCUACGGCAGGUCAACGGCAUCGACCCUAACAAAGACUGUCCAGAGUUUGACCUCAUGUUUGACAAUGCUUUCGACCAAUGGGUUGCUGGCUCAGCGGGGGAGAAGUGCACCUUUAUCCAGAUCCUUCAUCACACCUGCCAACGUUACAGUUCAGCAAGGAAACCAGAUUUCAUCAACUGUCCGUCCAAACUGCUGGGGGGUAACAGCAUUCUACACUCAGCUGCUGACAGUGUGACGAGCGCCGUGCAGAAGGCCAGCCAGGCUCUGAAUGAACGCGGCGAGCGAUUAGGUCGGACCGAGGAGAGGACCGCAGACAUGAUGAACAGCGCUGAACAGUUUGCGGUCACCGCGCACAAGCUCGCCAUGAAGCACAAGUGUUAGACCACUGCCAAAACCACCUGGGCUUGGGGGAGGGGCGGGGGGCUCGGCGUCGCCAGCGGCUGUACAGGAGAAGGAAUCCAAAUCUUAUUAUUUUCUAAAGAUUUUAAUAUGAUUAAUAUUUGUUAACAAUGUUAACAUUUUAAUGUUUUUGGUUAUUGUAUUUUGGUGCAUUUUGGUCCUGAUGAUGGUGACACAUCAAGCAAGAGAGGUAAACAAACAACACUACUUCAGACUCCACGGUUCCCUUUGCCAAAACAAAUCACAGCCACAGACGUGACUGUACGUGAAAAUGACAGUAACUCAGCCAAUCAACUUCCUCUUUUGCUCAGACACUGAUAUGAGUGUGUGCUCAUUAUCAGCGAUUACUCCCAGACAAACGUGUCGUUUAAGAGUUAUUUCUGAACACUGCAGUCAUUACUCACUCUGACCUCUGAACAAACUUACAUAAAGGUUUGAUGCUGAGGUUGUAAAUAGAUAAAUAUUUUGCCAACAGGGAUAUCAGAUAAAAAGGACGUGGAAGUAAAUGUAUUCUCUGCUUCGACUCUUGAAUAUUGAACUUUUCAUUUUUCUGCCCUCAACUAAAAUAAAAUGUAUCUAAACUAAAGUAUUAAUCCAAAUAUCGUCAACAGAGCAUCGUCUGUCAUUCAGAACCAAAACUAGAGGUUGCCAACCCUUUUGAAAGUGUACUUGAAGAAUUUCAGUUUAAGACUAAGCUUUAUUCAGUAAUUAUUUAGUCUAAUAACUUCUGUUAAAGGGGAAUCGUUCAGUAAAGCAGCUUCUGCAUUGUAAAAAGCGACAUGUAAUUCUUCUAGUACUGUUAUCUCAAUGUCUGUAGAGCUAAUUGGUCCCUGAACAUGGCAUUGUUUGAGAUUAAUCCUGGCUGUAUUUCAACUUUAGACAUUCAGUAGUCAUACGUUGUGCUUUUAGUAUAAUUCAGGUCAGUCAUUAUGAUGAUGCGUAUGCUAAUGAAGGAUGCAAUGUCUUAAAAUAGCAGUGUUUUAGUUUUUGUUUUUAUUUGUCAGUCCGCUCAGACUGACUGUAACUUUGGCUUCCUCACUGGUGAGACACCACCCUCACACCUGAUGUAUGUAUUUUCUUCUUUUUUUAUAUUUUGAAUUUUAUAAGUCAUGAUGUUAUAAAUGCACAUAUAACCUUAUCUUGCAGAGCACUGUUGAGUUCAUAAUGAAACGUUCCAGUUGCCUAACACUUGGUGUGCUUAUAUUCCUCUCUCUAACACUUUGGAUGUUCAUUGUUUUAAUAAAAAAAAAUAUAAAUUUAUAUUAUCUCUGUCUUUUUAAAGCCAGCUUUAAACUAUGGCAUCAUUGUUACAGCGUUUCUUUAUUCGACUCACACUGAUGUUCUUAUGAAUGAUAAGCUGCCAAAUGCUCAAGGGUCAUUAUUCCAUCUUCUCUGUCUGAUAUUUCCCAAAUGAUGAUCUCAACUCUCACCUCAUACUGUACGAUGUAAAAUAAAGUCCAAUUCACAAUAAAAUUGUUCUUUAUUAAUGUCUCA